AUGGCCAUCAGCCUGCAUCCGGGCCUCCAGGCCCCAGUGAACCUCUUUUUCACCAACCUGACCCUUGUAGACACCACCCACACAUUCACUAUUCUCCCCAAAUUGCUGGAGAACCUGGUAGUCAACCAGGUUGACUGCAUGCUCUUCUUCCUGAUACGGCUCCUGGGAGCCAAGCCACUGUUGCUCCUGGCUGUGGCCUGUGACUGCCAUGUGGCCAUCUACCACUCAGUGCACUACAGCAUGCUGAGGAGCUGGCCCAUCUGCGCCCUACUCUCAGGCAGCAUGUGGGCGGUCACAGCAGUCAGCACAUCUAUGCACACAGGCAUGAUGACCAGGUUAACAUUCCAUGGUCCCUGUCAGAUCCAUCAUUUUCUACAUGAAGUUCCCAAGCUGCUGCUGCUCUCUGGUAGACCAAUGACCCUGAACAACAUUAUGAUCAUCACUGUGGACAUUUAUUCUGGAGUAGUCAACUUCCUGUUCACCCUGGUGCUCUACAGCUGCAUCAUCACCAGCAACCCAGGCAUCUGCCAGGUGUGGGCAAGUGGUGGGCAUUUCUCCACCUGCUUCUCUCACUUCCUGGUGGCCACCUGGUACCACUCCACCAUCAUCUACACAUACAUCUGCCAAGCUUCAACUCCUCCAUGGAAAAUGGCAAAGUGGUCCCUGUGCUGGACAAGACAUUCAGCCUCACCUUGA